CUCAAAGCACGACGGUUUUGGUUUCUCUCCCAGCGGCAGUCUGACAUUAUACGAACAUCUUUUCAAGUUUAUACUUCCUGACUUCUUGCGUCAGCCUGCUAUUUCUAGUCCUCACGCUUCGGUUGCCGUUACCCCACUACAGCACACCGUGAGGCUAUCUCGCGAUAUCUCCGCAUCUGACACCCACUUGUACGCUUCGAUGAACUUCGCUCUCGCUACGUCGAGAUUCACACCUCAUUCGUAAAGGACGAAGUAUCACGCGAUACUCGUUCACCGGAAAGACAACGCACGCAUCCAGCCUGUGACCUCAGCUGCGAACAUCCAGCCUGAGACAUCGGCCCCCAUUGUACCCUUUCGCGGCCUCACGCGACUUUUAUUCGCAUAAAGCUCACCUCCAACCACCUUGCGUCGAAUACUGUGCUGUUUCCAACAGAAUAGCACUUUCCUAGAAGUCGAAGAUGGCCUCCAACGGCGGCUCCGGUGCGCAUACGCCGCAAACACAAGCUCAGGUACAACCGUGUCGGUAUAAGACAGGGAAGACGCUGGGUGCGGGUAGCUACUCGGUAGUCAAAGAGUGCGUACAUAUCGACACAGGCAGAUAUUAUGCCGCGAAGGUCAUCAACAAGCGGCUCAUGGCUGGCCGAGAACAUAUGGUCAGAAAUGAGAUCGCAGUACUGAAAAGAGUCUCUAUGGGACAUAGGAACAUUCUGACUCUUGUGGAUUACUUCGAGACCAUGAACAACCUUUACCUCGUUACCGAUCUCGCUCUUGGGGGCGAGCUUUUUGACCGCAUUUGCCGUAAAGGCAACUACUACGAAUCCGACGCCGGUGAUCUCAUCCGAGCUACACUCUCCGCUGUCGCAUACCUACAUGAUCACGGCAUCGUACAUCGUGAUCUGAAGCCCGAGAACCUCCUUUUCAGAACACCAGAGGAUAAUGCUGAUUUGCUGAUUGCCGACUUUGGAUUGUCUCGGAUCAUGGACGAAGAGCAAUUCCAUGUUUUAACAACAACGUGCGGAACACCAGGCUACAUGGCGCCCGAAAUCUUUAGGAAAACCGGUCAUGGCAAGCCAGUUGAUAUCUGGGCCAUUGGCGUAAUCACAUACUUUCUGCUGUGCGGCUACACUCCUUUCGACCGAGAUUCGAAUCUCGAAGAAAUGCAAGCCAUCCUCGUUGCCGACUAUUCUUUCACACCACUCGAAUACUGGCGAGGUGUCUCCCUUACUGCACGCGAGUUUAUUCGCCGCUGUUUGACUGUCGAUCCUUCUUCGCGCAUGACUGCCCAUGAAGCACUCUCACACCCUUGGAUCACCGAGCUUGGCAAGAACGCUCCCGACGGCGAAGAAGAUUUGCUGCCAACCGUGAAGAAGAACUUCAAUGCCAGACGAACACUGCACGCGGCGAUCGACACUAUCCGUGCCAUCAAUCAACUGAGAGCGGGAGGUGCCGCGGGCAUGAUGGACGGCGUGAGAUCCGGUGAACCACGACGAGGCGCGCCACCUGCCAACAUUCCGCAACCGGCGGAAGAUGAAGAUCCUAUGGAGAUUGAUAGUAGGGGGAACGGACAUGGUCAGACUGAGGAGAUGAUUAGGGAACAAGAGAGGAGGAUUCGCGACAUACAGCAAGGCAUGUGGGGCAAGAGAUGAAGAUAUGAUUUCGACACGGUCGCAGCUUCACGACAUCCGCACAUGGUUCUGAUUUUCGUACAAUCUGGUUGUCUACAAUGGGUCGAAGUGUUGUUAGCAGUUCAUAUUGGUGUGCAUUAGAUGGAGGCCGGACCUUUCCUAUAUACCUGGCUGUGCUUUCGUUCUGGAUAUCUGCGGGUCAGAGUCAGAUGUGGAUAUUGUGAGUACAAACGUUUGAAGGCAGCCCCGAGCCCGGGAAUUCAUCAUUUUUCAACGCUGUAGGCGUUGCGCAACCAUCAUAGUC